CCAGCUUCAGAACUCAUUAGAUCAAAAAUCAGAAUUAGAAACACAACUUCAGCAACAACUGAGUGUGCUAAAACCGGAAUGUUAUCAACUGAAGAUCUCCUUGGAAGAAUCACAUUGUAAAUACAGGAAAGCUCAGUGUGACAUAGCCUGUCUGCAGGAAAAAGUUAGCAACCUGGAGACCCUUGUGAAGCAUAUGCGCGAAGCCGCUGAGAAGCGGAAGGAGUUGGAGAAGGAACACGCAGAAGCCCUAGCGGAACUACUUAAAUGUCAAGAAAACGUUCGUGUUUUAGGCCAGAGUAAGGAAUCGGAGAAACAGCAAUCGUUAGAACUCAUUAAAUCGUUAGAGUCUAAAGUCAGAGAACUUCAGAAGAAAUGUGAACUCCAGAAUGUUCUUCAUGAAGAACUUGUUUUGGAGAUGGCAGCACUGCGACGCUCACAGGCCAAAAGAGCAUGGAGUACACAGCGGUCUCAUUCAGCCGAUAUUCCACAUGAUCAAGAGUCACAUGUUGCCCACGAACUGGACAGGAUACUGGCCAGCACAGGGACGUUGAUGUCCAGCACAUAUGGGCAGUACUCCUCUUCGAUACCCCCUCUCUCAUUAUCUUCAGCUCCAUCAUCAUCUCUUCCAUACCUGGAUCAAAUAAACCUAUUAUCUCAUACAUCAGCUCCCUGGACUGACUCAUCCACAUUAUCUUACUCAGCUAGUAAAGUUCUAGGACAAGUACCAUCAACAUCUUACAAGUUACCAGAAUUUAGACUGUCUUCCGUGACUACUACCUCUGGAAGUUUCUUAACAUCCAUAUCGAGUGCUGUUCCAGCCCCUUUAACGGUGAAGCCGGCUCUUAUGGAGAAACUUUCUUUUACAUCCUCCUCACUUUCAACUCCGGCAAUGUUAGAAUCAGCUUCCAAGGAGAUAGACAGGAUUCUUCAACGCAUCGAACAAGAUAACAGACUUCUAGCUGAGCUAGAUAAAUCUAGAAGAACCUUUUCUUCGUCUGUUCCUGGCUCUCCAAUUUUUUCAGAAUCAGCAGAGAGGAUGAAAGUUGACACUGAAGGAGAGACGAGACUCAAAGAAGAAAUUUCUCAUAUUGCAUCAAAGUUGAAGCCUUCUUUCUCCUCUCCUGCCAUCGACCAACUCCUGCUCGAACCCCAGAGAUCAAAACAAAUGAAUUCACAGCUGGCUCGGUACAGGGGAAUCAAGAGAUCAUCUGUUACUCGGCGAGAGCUCGAGCAGCUUAUGGUCAAACUAGAACAGGAUAACAAGAUACUUGCUGAUCUUGAUCGCAAAAGGUCUCAAUAUGGCCGACCUUCAGUUCCACUGACAUCCAGUCACCUUUCUAGUGUAAGCAGUCUAAGUGGUGGAAAUGUAGCACCUUUUGGCAUGACAGCAGCAUCAAUUCCACAGGCUUUCCAAACAAUUAAACCUCUAACAUCAGCUCCGCAGGCUUUCCAAACAACUAAACCAGUGCCGGCAUCAGUGUCCAUUAUUACUGGCACCGCCCCUGCCGGAACACACGUUGCUAAUACGUACAGUCUCACAAAGAAGCAUCCAACAGCACCUUACACAACCUCAACAACAGCUGUGGUUGCUGUUCCUGUCACAGCUGGAUCUAUUUCUGCUCAUAAUGGUACUACAGUGACCUCUGUGGAUGAAACUCGGAAGGUAACGGGAACUGAAGAAGAUGCUCUCGGAGAAUCUUCAAUUGAUCAUAUUGAACUGCCUGGCAGGGGAUGUUGUAAAGUCUAUAUUGCCAGAUAUACGUAUGACCCUUUACAACAGUCACCAAAUGAAAAUCCUGAGGCUGAGUUAGCCUUGAAUGCUGGCGACUACGUCCUCAUUUUUGGUGAGAUGGAUGAGGAUGGAUUUUUCAAUGGAGAACUUCUUGAUGGCAGAAAAGGUCUUGUACCCUCCAACUUCGUUGAGAUGCUCUGUGGUGAGGAGCUGUUUGACUUCCAAACAACAGUUCUGUAUGGAAACAGGGAUUCCGAUGACAGUAGUGCUAGUUUUACCGUUGCUGCGGAUUAUGACUUUGCAGGCUUUAGUGGGACAGAAGAGAUGUAUUCCCUACCACCUGAAGACUACCAUCGCAUGAAUGACUACAUAGACUUAGAGGACAUUGAAGAAGUUGAUGAAGAUUAUAUUUCUGAUAUUGAACGAGAAACAGAAGGGCCAACUAAAACUGUCCCUUCAGUUCAACCUCCACAAAGGCUGAUUCUUGAAAGACAAUUAAACAAGAGUAUUUUGAUUGGCUGGCUUCCACCAGAGGGACCUCUAGGAGAUAUACAGAUGUAUCAUGUAUAUGUAGAUGGGGUAUUGAAAGCUACAGUACAGAGUUCUGAAAGAACACGUGCUCUGGUGGAAGGGGUUGAUUCUUCACAGCUUCACAGGAUAAGUGUUCGGUCCGUUACAUCUUCGGGCCAUCAUUCACGAGAUGCAGCCUGUACAAUAACUGUGGGCAAAGACCUUCCAUUAGCUCCAAGCUGUGUUAAGGCCUCUAAUGUAACUUCCACUUCAGCACUGAUUAGCUGGCUGCCUAGCAACAGCAACUUUACCCAUUCGAUAGCAGUCAACAAUGUGGAGAUUCGUGUCGUGAAGCCAGGAAGAUUUAGACACACAAUAACAGGCCUAGCACCUAAUACAUUAUACAGAGUUUCAGUUCGUGCCAAACCGGGAAAACUGCUCUACAAUGCAGAGAAAAAUCCUAAAAAUUUGGAUAUGCUGACAACCUUUGUUGACUUUCGAACACUUCCAAAAGGUCUUCCUGAUCCACCAGUGGAUAUCCAAGUGGAAGCAGGGCCUCAGGAUGGAACACUAUUGGUCACUUGGCUGCCAGUCACUAUCAAUCCAACCGGGACAUCUAAUGGAGCACCUGUCACAGGCUACGCUGUUUUUGCUGCUGGGAAAAAAGUUACCGAAAUUGAUAGUCCAACAGGAGACCAUGCCUUGCUAGAAGUGAAGGAUCUCUUCCCCCUGGCGAAUAAAAGUGUGACUGUUAGGACAAAAUCUGGUGAUAAUUUGUCCUCAGAUUCAAUGCCCUGUGUCAUUCCAGAAGAGCUUAUUAAGACAUCAUCUCAGAAGGUAAGUUCUGACUCAGAGUUGGAUGUGGAGCUAACAGAAGUGCUUAGUCAUGUAGCACACAGGUCUCAAGCUUUCGAUCCAGACUGUUUAUCUCAGCAGCACAAGAGAAACAGAGUAAGAGAUUCAACUACGGGGAAUGGGGAUAUUGGAAGGGAUCAUGUAAAGGGUGGUAGAGACCAGAUCAGUCCCCGUCGUUCAGGAAUGCGCACAGCAAGCGAUGAUCGUAGCCAUCAACAGUCUUUCGACUCUCCACCCAGUGGACGUAAGUAUGUUAGUCGACCACACGAAAGAAGGGUGAAUCAUUUAAUUGAGGAACGACGGAAUUCUGCUGGCCAAGUGAUUAUUGAACCCGAUGAAAACCUCAGUGAUAAGGAGAUUUACCCAUCUCAAAAUCACGUGCCUAUUCCCUCCAUUGAAAUCACUAAGGACAGUGCAAGUGAAGGUUGCAAUUCUAUGGAAAACUUUUCAGAGGAAGAGUACGAGGCAAUGAGAAGGGCACACAGAGUUCAGCCAAAAGGUUAUCCUCCUGAUUUGUCCAGAUCUCGAGGAGGUCAGCCUCAAGUAUAUAGUGUAGACAGGAUUGGGCCACGUCCAGUUUCUCCCACUAAGGGUCGUCGCUUGCCUCGAGACGAUCAGGAUUACUACAACUAUCAAGAAGAACCACUUGUAUCACAUGGCAGGGAGGAUAACUACCCCAUGGACAGCUACCGUGGAGGUGUUAGUUACAGAAGUCAACCUCAUAUGGAUGUUAAUCAUCAAGACAACAGAGUCAGAUGGUUCGUAGCACUGUUUGACUACAACCCUCACACUAUGUCCCCAAACCCCGAUGCAGCCGAGGAACUUCCAUUUCAGGAAGGACAGUUGAUUAAGAUCUAUGGAGGUAAAGAUCCAGAUGGGUUCUACAGAGGAGAGACAAAUGGAAGAGUUGGAUUUGUUCCAUGUAAUAUGGUUUCAGAGGUUCAACUAGAUGAUGAAGAAGUUGCUCAACAUCUGCUUAAUGAAAACAUAGCUUCCAGACCACGUCCUCUACCAGAUGACAUAGAUUCUGGAAGUAGCAUGCCUUUACGCAAGAUGGUUGCACUUUAUGAUUACGAUCCUCAAGAACUAUCCCCUAACGUAGACGCAGAGAUGGAGCUAUCAUUUAAUACUGGAGAUGUUAUCUAUGUAUAUGGUGAUAUGGAUGAAGAUGGGUUCUUUAUGGGUGAGAUCAACGGUGUUCGCGGACUUGUGCCUUCCAACUUCUUAACUGAAGCCCCUCCAGACUACAGAGACAAUCAACCUGUUCCCAGAGAACGUCUUGGUCCCCCUGUUGUAGGGAAUGUGAGUCGACCCAAAGUAGCCGAAGAGCCUGAUCCAUCCCGUCCUGGCAACCAUCCUGAGAAACCUGGAGCUUGGCUUGCUUCAUGCUCCAUCCUCCCCACCUCCACGAAACUCGAGAACCACCAUCCCAGUAUCCCAGAGGCACAACCCACCCGGCCACAGGCACUGAAAAGGACCAUAUUCCUCCACAAGAUAGAGGGAGAUACAUCUCGGAUCGCGGAGCCUAUGAUCGAGGCCCGGAACGGCCUUCCCAUCCUGCCGACAGAGGUCACUACUCAUCAGGGAGGGGAUCACAACGCUGGUAACAAACGACCAACAACACUUGCAUUAAAGCCAGAAUCAAGAUCUCUUAAACAGAGCAAGAAUUUUGAAACAGAUGGCAAGAUGAGAAGAAACAGAAAAAAAGGUAUUAUCUCUCCAAAAUAUGAAAGAAAAAGCCUUUUCUCGUCAAUGAAAAAUCUUCUUAAACCUUUAUGGAGAACAUGAAUGUCUACCCAUGUUCCUUUCACCACUUCCUCUAGAAUUAAAGCUACCUGGAAGGUUUACUAAGUCAUUUCCGGCUAGCCUUUCGAACAUACUUUCAAAAUUAAGAACGAAGUAAUUAGUUCUAGUCAUUGUAAAGAAGAUUCGAAGAAAAUGUCUUUGAUUUUGUUAAAUUUUGUUGAACUUUCUGGAUUAUUUCAUUAUAAAUGUUAAUUAUUAUCAUUAGGUCUGCAGGAAGAUAAUUUUAAUUGAAGGAUUAACUCAUAACUGAAAGUUCAAAGAAGUGUUUCUUAUUGAGUUUGUGUGUAUGUGCCUUUAAACUCCUGUCGAGUUUUCUCAGCAAUUUUGUACAUAUUUCAGUUGACCAGUUUUCAUUCUUCACCUAUUAAAAAGCAUCUUAUCCUUGCGUCACAUACUGUAUUAAGUGCUGGUUUCUGUGCAUUUCGCUGCACACGGUGAUUUUUAUUGUUGUAAUUGUCGUGUAUUUGUAAUAUUAACAAACAAGGAAAAUAGUUCUGAAGAUUUUCGUGACAGAAUCUCUAGUUCAUAAGCAAGUUACUGUUCCCACAUGCUCUGAGUAUGUGUGUCUGUCUGUUCUUUGUCCAAGUUAUUUGAAGAAAUACUUUUCUUUAUAACUGAUAUGUAAUAGUGAAGUGUGCAUGAAAAAAAAAUUAUUCUAUUAGCUUUUUUUUUUCCUUUCCUACUACAUCUGCUGUUUGCUCAGUCAUGUGUGUAUAUAUAUAUAUUAAAACAAAACAUCAGAAAGGGUAAUAGAAACAUUUUUCCACCAGGAAAGAUGAGUUUCAUGUUCUUACAUUUCAUUAUUUCUCUAGUUAUAACAGCUGAUAGAAAAUUUAAGAUGCUAUCGCUUAAAAUGUAAAUUCAAUUCCAACAAAUAUGGUUGAUUUAAGAAAACCAACAAGUUUAAAGUUGUAAAUGUAUCUAAAAUAUUUUAGUUUGUGUAACAACAACAACAAAAAAGAUUUAAUUCUUUUUCACUGCCACAUUUCUAGAUAAACAACUUUCCUCGUGCCAUGUUUGUCACAUCAACGUGAAACUGUUGCGAUAGUUGCAUGAAAUAUUUCACAAAGGAAAAUGCUCUCUGACUAUAAAAAAUGAUAAUAAUUAAAAUAACUGUUCAUGUAUUUAUUUCCCUCAUUUCCAAAUUAAUAAGCACACAUUUAUGAUUUUUUUAAAUAAUUAUAAAAUUAUUAAAUAUAUAUAUAUAUAUAUAUAUAUUCCUCAGAAUGUUUACUUAAUAUUACACAUUUCAGGAAUAUAACGAAAGUUGUAAUGUGUAUCGUAUGUACAUACAUAUACACACACAUACGUACACCUGUAAUGUGUAUAGUAUAUACAUACAUACAUAUACACA